CCUGUGGUAGCGGAAGGCUAGCCGUCGAGGGGGUUUCACUUACAUUAUUUUUGACAAAAAUCUUGGUAAAUUCUCUGAAAAGACCGUCAUUACAUGUCAAAAACACAUAUAGUAGGAUCGCUGUAACAGCAGUGUGUUCCAGGGCGGGUCAGUACCAGCCUAACUGCCGAGCAGAAGGUUUUAAACGGGGAAAGCUGUUUUUUUUUCCCAGUCUCCGUCACAGUGGAGCUAACGUUAGCAUUAGCAACCUAUUCCUGAAACCAUCCUGACCCCGAUUCUGAUAUUUAGUCCUAAAUUAAGAGGGAGGCGUUGAUGAGCAGUAAUGUCUGGCAUUGCUCUUAGCAGACUGUCUCAGGAGCGCAAAGCUUGGAGGAAAGACCACCCUUUUGGUUUUGUUGCUGUGCCGACUAAAAAUCCAGAUGGAACCAUGAACCUGAUGAACUGGGAAUGUGCCAUCCCGGGAAAGAAAGGAACCUUGUGGGAGGGAGGCCUUUAUAAACUCAGAAUGCUCUUCAAAGAUGACUACCCUUCCUCUCCACCCAAAUGCAAGUUUGAGCCACCCAUAUUCCAUCCCAACGUGUACCCGUCAGGCACAGUGUGUCUGUCCAUCCUGGAGGAGGACAAAGACUGGAGACCUGCCAUCACCAUCAAACAGAUCCUGUUGGGCAUCCAGGAGCUGCUUAAUGAGCCCAACAUUCAAGACCCAGCACAAGCGGAAGCGUACACAAUUUACUGUCAGAACAGGAUGGACUACGAGAAGCGGGUAAGGGCGCAGGCCAAGAAGUUUGCCCCCACAUAGAGAGGAGAGCUGCCCUCCGUCCCGCCUGAGCAGCCUGAAGCCACAGUGGUGACGAGCAGGAGGCAGGCAGCUCCUCAAGGACCACUCCAAUAACAAUCCACUUGUGAUUCAUAUUAUACUGUUACACAGGUGACAAACACGCCUGUUCUUUUUUCCUUCCUUUAUUUCUUUCUCUUCUUUUUUUAAACUACAAAAAUUCAAUAAGAUUAUGAUUGUAUCCGUCUUUGAGAAAUAUUUAUGCAUUUUCAAUGCAUAGCUGAUGAUGCUAAGACUCUGCUGUCAUUAUGACAUGUGUAACUUGUAUAAUUCAUAUGUCCAGUUUUAUCAUGAGUGCUCGGUUUACUCAUGCAUCCAUUAAAACUGUAAGUAAAGUUUUGGCAGAGCUGCACAAAUAACACGUCCUGUCCAGCUACGACGUGUCGUCCUCAGCUGUUCGCAGGAGAGGAGGAGAUUUUAUCUAUUUUACACUCUUCCAGUUUUUAAUUAAACCUUAGAAGCAGUCGGAGCCACAGUGGAAUUUCUUUCUUUCUUAUUAUAUACAUCCAUCAUGUCUGAGUUUUCAGAUAAGCAUCAAAAGAAAACACAAGUCAUACAAAGGACAAUCCUGGCACUUCAAAUGUUGGUGAUGAACCAAAUUGUGGCACUUAAUGUUGUUAGGAAGCGAAGCCCUGCCCGACUCGGAGGAGAAGGCGGUCGGAGUGAAGGGGCAGGAGAACCAGGGCUUUGCUUCCUCCAACCAUCCUGAAUCGCAGUUCAACACACUUGCUGUGAAGAUGCCGUUUGUGAAUCCAGCUGAGAGUGAAACUGUCAGUUGCAGUCGUGAACCUCAUGCACAUUCGUCCGUGUGUUGUCUUCUUCCAAAGAUGGUGUGCUAUCAUGUAACAAAACUGCGUAGUCAAAAUUAAGAAAACCUGUUAUCAUGUGUUUGUUUCGGCCCAUUUCAUUUGAUCAUCCUAUGCCAUAAUACUUCCAUCAAUUAACAUAAAUGUAUAUAAAAACCAAAAAUGAGUGACUGGCUAAAAGAAGCUAAAGGAUCCUCAUUGAGAUGGCCUCUCAACAACCACGUAAAGAAAAAGAAAGUGCACUUGAGAGGAAAUCGAAGGCCUGAUAUUUUUUGCCUCUAAAUAUACGAGUGCAUGUAAAUAAUAUAAAUAACAGAAAGCUGUGGAAGUACUGUUUUAUAUUGUUUCAGCCAGUUGACAUUAUGUGUGGUGUUAUAACAAAAGACACAAAUGAUGGUCUAAUAUUGUGAAAUAAAGUUGAAUAAAAACCAAACGGAUCAA